AUGGAGACCUUUUCGCCGUCGUCCAUGUCGACGACAGCGACGACCAACAACCACCACCCUACCACCCACAGCUCGUCCCAGGCGAGACCGCCGGCCAAGCGCACCUCCAACACCUGCGUCACCUGCCGCGCCCGCAAGGUCCGGUGCGACGGCCGGCGCGACGUCUGCGCCAACUGCGAGCGCCUCGGCUUCUCGUGCUCCUACGACGACGGCGCCGGCCUCAACGGCGAGGGCCUCGCCGGCGACGGCGUGUCCCCCUUCACCCUGCCCCGGCGCCGCGUCCGCCAGGCCUGCCUCAACUGCCACUCGCGCAAGGCCCGGUGCAGCGGCACCACGCCAAAGUGCGACAGGUGCCGCGCGCAGGGCAUCGAGUGCGUCUACCGCCCCGGCAAGCGCGUGCGGGCGUCGGUGGCCUCGACACCCGGCGGCCUCAUGGUCGACACCGUCAUGAGCGAGGCCCCGCACGUCGGCGGCGGCAGAGACGACCACUUCUCCGACCACAGCCGCAGCAUGUCGUCGGGCCACCCGGACCACGCCAGCGCCACGAGUCCCAGCAACUUUGGCCGCGAGACCCCCGGCGCCGACGACAACAACAUCGAGGCCGUCGCCAUGCGCACCUUUGACAACUUCUUCCGCUACGUCCACCACAUCCCCAUGCUCUCCUUCCUCCACCGCGCCUCGCUGAUGCAGCGCUACCACGCCGGGCUCAUCGACCGGCCGCUCCUCCUCGCCAUGAUUGGCAUCACCGCGCUGCUGAGCGACCUCGGCCCGGGGACCAAGGAGCUGGGCCCCAAGUGCAUCGACCAGGCCGAGGCUCUGGUGCUCAAGGAGAUCGAGAGGCCCUCUACCCUGCGACUGCAGGCGCUGAUCCUGAUCAUCAAGCACCGCCUCCUGAGCACCCGCUUCUCCUCCGCCUUCAUGCUGCAGGCCAUCGCGUCCCGCUUCGCCGUGGCCCUGCGCCUCAACUACGAGAACCCGAAGCUCUGCUUCCUCGCCCAGGAGUCCCGCCGCCGGCUCAUGUGGUCGCUGUACAUGCUCGACACGGGCCUGUCCGGGGGCCUGGCCGACUUCAGCCUCUGGGCGUGGCGCUCCGACGCCAUCAAGAUCCAGCUGCCGUGCAACGAGCGCAACUUCGAGUACGACCUGCCCGAGACGACGGAGCCGCUCCAGCAGCCGGCGCCGGGCGCGGACGGCGUGCUGCCGCCGCUGCCCGACGACAUCGGCUUCCUGGCCCUGCACAUCCGCGUGCACCUGCUGCGCAACCGCAUCCUGCAGUACACCAAGGCCGUGGCCAGCCGCUGCACGCCCGCCGUCCUGGCCAAGGUGCCCACGCGCCUCGCCGAGCUGUCGGGCGAGCUCGAGGCCUUCAGCGCCCGCCUGCCCGUCAGCUUCCGCUGGUCCGACGCCAACGUCCGCCUGCGCACCUACUCGCCCCGGCUCUGCGUCUUCGUCAUGACGCACAUCUGGUGGCAGCAGUGCCACUGCGACCUGUACCGCGUCGCGCUGGCGGGCCUGCGCGAGGCCAUGCCCUCGGCCGCCAUCGACCAGCUCGAGAUGCAGCACCCCGGCUUCGCGGCCCACUGCCGCCAGAAGGUCUACGAGCACGCGCGCGAGAUGGCCGACAUGUUUGGCCUGCUGCUGACCCUCGACAACGGCGUGCCCGUCACCGACAUGGACCUGCCGGUCUGCCUGUACCAGUGCGUGCGCAUGCUCUUCUACACGCUGCAGCACAGCUCGGAGGGUCUGUUUGGCGUCACGACCGAGGGCGUCGUCGAGAUGGCCAAGGUGUGCGACAAGGUGCUGCGGCAGGUCGUCGUGACGCCCAUCACGAUGAAUAUUCGCGAGGACAUGGACAAGCUCCUCGCCAACGGGCCCCUCAACAACAACGUGACGGCGAGCCGGCCGCCCACGCCCAGCGCCGUGGUCAUGGACACCCCAGGCGGCCACCAGAGAGCCGCCUCGGCCCAGCCGCCGCCGGCCGUCCUGUCGCGCCACAGCGUGCUGAACAAGGUCAUCAUCGAGGACGACGCCAGCGCCAACCCGGGCCUGCCGUCGCCGACCCCGGCCACCGACUUCCCGGGGGGCGUGCAGGCCUUCUACCAGUCCCUCGAGACGCCCAUGCCCAUGCCCGCCAUGGCCCCGUCAUCAUACGGAGGGUUCGCCCCGACGGCGACGACAGCGACCCAUCACCCCGACCCGGCGACGGGUAUGGCUACUGGUGGCGUCUCCAAGGACGGGGUCCUGUCCAACGGCACGUCGGCCUCUCAGCAGAGCAAUGCCUUUGAGGGGGCGCUCGAGGGGCUCGACAUGACGCUCGAGCCGUUUGGGAUGGAGUCCCUGACGUGGUUCUCCAACGACUGGCUAAAUGGGGACUUCCCGCAGGCUGAUAUGUCGGCACCCUGCCACGAACGCCACAUUCAAGGACCGUCACCGCAGCAGGGGAGUCUCCUCGUUAGUGGCAGGAGCAGCAGCGCCAGGUCCAGCCUCUUCAUCAUCGGCAGCAGCCACCACAUCCUCUGGCACAGGCUCCGGCGUCUGCAGGACCCUGCCCUCCCGGUAGAUCCAGCCCACGCACAGGCCCCCGCCGGGCCCCAGGACGGCCGAGGCCAGGAUCGUGACCAGCGCGACCUCCCAGCACGUCUCGACGAAGAUCCAGUACAGCACGGUGAGCACGAUGAAGAACAUGUCGAUCUCGAUGAAGCGCACCGUCGCCCUCGUCAUCUCCCGCCUGUCGUCCCUCUGCGCGAGGCUCCAGAACCAGACGACGUACGACGCCACGGAGCAGAGGAUGGGCAGGGCGUAGACGGCCAGCAGCGACGGGCGGUGCGACUCGAGGUGCCACGUCCGGUGCUCCCUCGCGAGCGUCGUCAGCCCGAAGCGGAUGCCCUGCCGGAUGAGCGACACGUAGACGGGGAAGAAGAGCCAGACGAUGACCGCGGCGGGCGAGUCGAGCACGAGCAUGAGCACCGACGGCAGGAUGAACCCGACGGCCACGGCGAUGGGGAUGGCCGCGACCUCGGCCGCCGCCGAGAGGUGGCGCAUGGCCUCGCCGACGUCCGGGUGGGAAGCGGGUGCCAGCGUGCGGUCCGUCGCCGCGCGCGCGGCGAUGAUCUGCUUGGACCGCAGGAAGAAUGCCGGGAUGAUGACGAGCUCCCAGACGAGCGCGCCGCCGACGAGGUUGAACACGAGCCAGGGCCCUGUCGGGUAGGCGAUGAGCACGGCGGGCCCGUUGCAGACGCGCGCGGCCUCGACGGUGCUGACGGUCAGCAGGCCCGCGACGAAGGAGAGCACGACGCCGAGCGCGGCCGCCGAGCGCACCGAGGCGGCGGCCUCCUGGAAGAAGCUGACGAGGAAGCACGAGGGCCCGCCGAGGACGGGCACCCGGCUGAGCCAGUGCAGGCGCGAGCGGGCGUGGCACUGCGAGUAGAGCAUGGCCACGUUGACGUCCGAGUGGACGAAGAGCAGCAGGGCCGUGGCGACGGCGAGCAGUACCGGCACGAUGAGGAGGAAGCGGUACGAGAAGGUCUGCACGGGGCUGGGCCGUUGCCGCCUGGUGCUCCUGGUGCCGCCGCCGCCGCCGCCGGAUGCCGCGGCAGCCUGAAGUAUCUAACUACCUAG